AGGAGGUUCAUCUUGCGCCCAAGCUACGUAGAUUAGGGGACAACGUAAGCGACACCGCUCGAUUAACAUUCAGAAAUUCAUACGGGGUGCGGUAACGACGGUUCUCGUCGCUGAAGGUACUACAAGUGCAUGACUCCGGACUGAUGCUGCAAGACUACUAUUUGACGGAAUCGAUAGAGGUUUUCGAGUGCUGGCAGCUGAUAGAGACAUGGGCGAAGGAACGAAAAAAGAAUGAGGCCUAGAGACCAGCUAGUGCAGAUUGAAUGCCGGUCAGUUGUUUUUCAGGCCAUCGGCUAUACACAGAUUCUGGUAAGUGAUGCGAAAGUGCUCUAAAUGUGCCGAGAUGCCGACUAUAUGUGGUUACACCUGGGGUCAUUCAAUUAUCGGUAAGGUUAACACAUGGAGGACGGUUUUCCCUCAGUGUCAGCUAGCGGCCCUGUCGGCUCAAGAUUCAUUUCUCAAAACGACCUAGAGGAGGCGAAGGCCCGCAGAGACGAACAGUGGAAAGCAGCAUAUGCCAGGCUCGGACAGGUUCCUCCGCCACAGCCUGUGGAAGAUUCGUUCGAUGGUCGAAGUCUAGCAGAGAAAUUAGCCGCGAACAGGGCCGCGAAGCAGGAAGAAUGGGAGGAGAAGACGAAAUUAGCAAAUCAAUUUCGAGCACUAGAAGAGGACGAGAUUAUGUUUCUAGAUUCCAUCAGAGAAAAGCAGGCCGAAGAAGAACGCCUCCGGAAAGCACAGGACGGCGAGGAGCUUUCAGACUUCAGAAAAGCUGUUGCAGCUAGGGAAAAUGACCUCAACAAACCUACGCAGCCUAUGGCACAACCACGGAAACAGAGUGAUGAUACUCCGGAGAAGCCUAAAGUUCCCGUGGUGACGUCCAAGAAAGAUGUCAAGAAAUCAUUGAAGGGUGUUGUAGUGAAGAAGAGACCCAAGUCUAAUGUUCCAACACCCAGCGAACCGAAGGCGAAGGAAUCUAUCAAGAACAUCGAUAAGGAUGCACCACCAGUCACAAAACGUCGCAAGAUAUCCGAAUCAUGACAUCCAUCGUAAUUCCAUCUCCCGACUUUCCUGUAGUUGUCAUUGUGGAUUUGUUCGUUGUAGCAUCAUCUAAUUCAAGAA